AUGAAGCAUUCCAUGUCGUAUGGAGUAGCCCAUCUUGCAUUACUGGCAGUAUGUACAAUGAAGGCCGGCCACAGAAACCCGACGAUGUACAGUGUGCUUACAGCCACGACGAACAGCAGUGUUGUUCAUAUUCUCCAUGUACUUUUUUUGACAUUCGUCAUGUGUUUCUUGACGAACAUGAUUAUUGAGUUAGUGUUCAAGAGCCUUCGGCUUGAGGAGGUUUCCAGCUUCCAUGAGUCUCUACUGUACUUUCUGACGGAUUUUUUGCUUGUAGUGCCUACGUUUGACAGCGACAUCAAUUUCAAGAACGGAAUGCUGUUUGUGAUGCUUCUGUGCAUCAAGUCAUUGAGCUGGCUGCUAGGUAUACGGAUCAGGAGGGAGGCAAGGCAUGAGCAAUACUAUCUUGCAUAUGGAAUAUGUGUUUUUUCAUGUAUUAUUGGAUGCAUGCUUGUGGUGUCGUGCAUGUCGCGCAUGAGUGGACACGUAUUGUUUGUGUUUGAGUACAUGCUUCUUGCCGUGGCUUCGAUCAAGAACAUAUUUGUGAUGAACAUGCUGUUUUACGAAGAUGAGGAAAGGCGGUCACAGAUCAACUUCUAUAUUGAUAUUGUAUACAUGGGCAUUACUUUUGUGACAUACGUUGUGUUUAUUGGGAUUACGUCGCUCAGCUACAGGCUGCCUCUGAAUCUAUUUCGAUCUGCACUUGGAAUACUUGAUGCGCUUAUUUCGAAGAUAAAGACAUUUAUCAGAUACAUCAAGCUGUGCAAAGAUCUUGAGAAAUGCGUCGAUGGAAUGGGUGAUGGGUUCUGUGCAAUUUGCAGGGAUGACCUGAAAUCUGGAAAGAGUCUUGGAUGUGGCCACUGUUUCCACAUUGGGUGUUUGAAGAUGUGGUGUGAAAGGCAGCAAACAUGCCCGGUAUGCAAGUCUCCGAUCCUGCUUGAGCUAAAGAAAGAAUCAUUUAUUGUUGGAAACGAGCUUAUAUCUGGGAUUCCUGUUACGAUUGAUGAGUGA